UCAUGAGUUGCUAGGAUACCGGAGACUCGUCCUGUAACAGCCGCUGCUAGGUGCCGCUUCCCAGAAGCUCCGUUUGCCCCGUGGAGGGCCGGGGAGAUUACUCAGCGGCAAAGCUUCGGCACCAUGGCAACCUGACAGCGCUGUUGUAUUGUGGUUGCCUAGGUAACCGGGACGGAAGCCGACUGACGUCACCGGAAGUGACGCUCCGCCAGCAGCUGCAGACGGAAGCGCCCGCCGGGCCCGGCUCUCCCGCGGCAAGAUGACUCCCUCCUAUUUAGAAAUCAAUUUGAUGUGAUUGAGUACAACCAGAAGAUCUUAGUGCAAUGUCUGGAGAAGAGUCUGGCGCCAUUAGCUGUGAUGUUAAACCAAAAUCAAUGACUCGUGCAAAGCAGUGGUCUGAUGACAUUGAAAACUUGUACAGAUUCCAAACAGCUGGAUAUAGAGAUGAAGUGGAAUACAUGCAUAUAAAGCAAGUAGAAAUGCACGUAUGCAGGAUGUUUCAUGCAAAGGACACCACAGUGGGACUUGAAUUGCCAACUCAGGGUUUCAGCAGUGCAGCGUCAAUAAAAGAGGCGGUAGAUCGUUGGCCAGACACUGGAUUUGUGAAAAAACUGCAAAGGAAGGACAAUACGUUCUACUAUUACAAUAAACAAAGGGAGUGUGAAGACAGAGAAGUCCAUAAAGUAAAAGUUUAUAUCUACUGAAUAUCACUGCACUUUGAUGUGAACUGGCAUGUCCAAUAAAUUUACUAAUGUGUUAACAGUGA